AUGGCCUUUUCUCAGGCUGCCAAUGUGGUUGAUAUCAACCUGCCUCAUGAGCAGAAGCCCAUCACAGAAAAUGUGCCCAACUAUGCUGCUGACGACCGUGGCGAUCAUAGCCAAACUAUGAAAGCUCUUACAUGGCAGGGAAAAUAUAGUGUCAAACUCGUGGAAACCGCGAAACCCAAAAUUAUUGAUGACACGGACGUUAUUAUCAAGAUUACUGGGAGCACAAUAUGUGGUAGUGAUCUCCAUCUUUACCAUGGUGUUGUUCCCGAGAUGAAAAAGGGCGAUAUUAUGGGACACGAGUUUUGUGGUGUUGUUGAAUCUACGGGACCUAAAGCAACGAAAUACAAAUUUGGAGAUCGAGUUGUUGCUUCAUUCCAAAUUGCCUGUGGUACUUGUUACUAUUGCCAGCGAAAGCUCUCAUCUGUUUGUGAGCAGACAAAUUCCAACGAGUUGGCGAACAAGUUAUAUGGUCGACGAACUGCCGGGAUGUUCGGCUACUCACAUUUCACCGGCGGUUUUGCCGGCGGACAGGCCGAAUGGGUGCGAGUUCCCUACGGUGACGUGAAUCUACUGAAACUACCAGAUGACGUGCCCGAUGAGAAAGGUCUCUAUCUAUCUGACGUGUUGGGAACCUCUUGGAAUGCAGUCGUCGACACAGGUGUCUCCGAAGGCGAUGUUGUAGCCAUCUGGGGUGCCGGACCCGUUGGGCAAAUGGCAGCUGAAUUCAGUUUCUUGAAUGGAGCUAGUCGGGUCAUCUUGAUUGACGGCGGAUCAGGUGCAUGGCGGCUCGAUUUUGUAAAAAGUCGCGUGGCUCAAGUUGAGACCGUCGAUUUCACAAAAUUACCAAAGGGCAAGAGUGUUACAAGCCAAUUGAAGGACAUGUGCGACAAUCGAGGCCCCGAUGUUGCGAUUGAGUGUGCUGCUGGCGAGUAUGCACAGGGUUGGCAGCAUUAUUUCGAGACCCUUUUGGGCAUUGAGACUGAUACAUCCGAACUUCUCAAUGAGAUGAUUACAUCAGUUCGCGCCUUUGGGCGUUGUGGCGUAACUGGUGUUUAUGCUGGAUAUGUUUGUGACCCCUCAAUAACCUGGUGCAAUCAUUUCAACAUCGGGUCGCUCAUGCAGACUGGUAUUCGAUUAAUUGGGAAUGGCCAGGCGCCUAUCCAGAAAUACUGGCAUCACCUUCUGAAAUUGAUUCAAGAGGAUACGAUAAAGCCACUGGACAUGGUCACCCACCGAUUCGACAUAUCUGAUAUGGAAAAGGUGUAUGCCUCGUUUAACAAGCGAGAGCAUGGCUUGCAGAAGGUCUUCGUGCAGACCAGACACUCGGCACCACCUGCCCCUGGCGCGCCAAAACUGACGAAGCUGUGA